CUACUUCCCCAGCCAGGGAGCCAGGACCAGCAGGUGUCUCUGGCUCCAGCCCCAUCUCCACCCUGCUCCUCCCUGGCUCUGGGUCUUGGCUCCCGGGUCCGUCCUCUGCAGGUCUCCCAGGAUUACUUCGGCUUCUUCGUCUACGGGACCCUGGUCGGCUUCUGGCUCCUCCUUAGCUCCAUGCACAAGCGGCACCUGGUCAUCAACCACGUCCAGGGCUGCUACCAGAUCUACAUAAAGAGGCGGCUGUGGGAGGAGGGGCCCCUGCACCAGAUCUACGUCCGGUUGACGGCCCAGACAGAUGCCUACGGGAAAUGCUUCUACAGUCUCAUCAUCAACGGCCACGGCCUGGAGGUGCUGGCCCUGGCCAGCCUGUCGGACAAGUACGAGGUGAGCAGCCUGGCCUGGCCCUGCCCUUCCCUCCCGGCCUGGCAGGGGGCCAUGCCAGGCACCACGCUGCAGCCCACAUGCU